AUGGUCACCCUCCCACCCGGCAUAAUCCUGAGCCCUCCGUCUCCAUCCCGGGGCCGCUCUAUUCUCGCAUCGCAAUUUUUCAGCCCGGGAGCCGUCAUCGCCGUGUUUACUCACGGCGAAGGGGCACCUAGCAUAGCUAUCCCGGAUAACCCACACCUAGCGCGGACUUGCCACUACUGCCUAGCCAUAGCAUCGGAUCAGGAUCUCAGAUAUAUUUCCCCGGUCCGCGUGCGCGCGUGUACCGGCUGUCGCACAGUCUACUAUUGCACCCCGGCAUGUCAGAAGGCCGACUGGGCGCUCGCCCACGGCCGCGGCGAGUGCAAGGCUUUCCGACGGGUUCGGGCUCCUGACCCUGCAGAAUCUCAAGAGGAGACCAAUCCGGAUCAUAAGGUCUUACCGACACCUGUCCGGGCUCUAGUCCAGGUGCUUGUGCGCCCGGAAAUGCAGGCCGCGGUCGUAGAUAUGGAAGGCCAUGUCGAGACGGUGCGUACUACGGACCCGGAUGUAGCGUGGGCUGGCAUAGAGCUUCAAGCUCGCGCCGCGCUACAUUACUUGAAUCGGGAGAUGAGCAAGAGUAAUCUGGCCGAGGCCAUGGAGAUUGUGUGUAAGCUAAAAGUCAACUCCUUCAACCGACUCGAUGCAGACAUUAACCAAAGCGGGACAUACUUCAAUCCUGCGCUGGCCAUGAUAAACCAUUCCUGCGUUCCGAACGCUUUCGUACAGUUCGUAGGGCGCAAGGCAAUCCUGCACGCGUUUCGGGAGAUAAGAGAGGGCGAAGAGAUCGAAAUAUCAUAUAUUGAAUGCACACUUCAUCGCUCGCACCGCCAACAAGCGCUACAAACACGGUAUCACUUCACAUGCCUCUGUCCCCGGUGCAAAGACAACCUAGACAUCUACCAAGUCUGCCAGCGGUAUCCGCAUCUCGAGCUGAACACAUUCAGUCUCGCCCCCGAUCUAGACAAAAUACGGCAUCAUCCUGCCAAAGAACACUUGAAUAGUUCUCUACAGCAAUACAUCGAGGAGAUAUACCCGAAUUGCACAGAAUCGCUACAAGGCUUGACUUUGCCGGAGAAGUCCAAACAGCUCCGCCAGCGCUGGAAAACGUGCGAGCGACUUCGACAAGCCGAAUUGUACGCUGUCGAGCCAUUAACGCAAGUGAUCGUCGACGCCAACAUUUAUUUCUGCGAACAGAGCAAUUUUCAAUACGCCUUAGCUGUGUCGUGUUUUCUUGCUUUAAACAGCGAUCCGUAUAGAGGGCCUAUGCCCUUCUUCGGACCCAGGGUGAAGGGCAUGUUCAUGGUUGCGAAGCUCCUGGCUAACACAGCUUCGAUGCCGCCUUCCGCGUCAAGCGACAGCACUAGGUCUCUAUCAGCGAGGAUCUCGCAAGCGCUAGGUAAGAUGGACCAAGCUACUAUGUGCCAGGCAAUUCUAGCCAUGGUUAUCCAUUAUUGCCCGGCGGCUCACUCAGAGGAAUGGCAAAUAUACCACCAAGCAAAAGACGUACUGGAUGAUCUGGAGAGUAUACCGGGUCGAGAGACUGAAAAUGCUUUGAUAAACGCUUUUGUUGGAAAUCUGAAUAAUUCGGAGGAGCCCCGUUUCUUCACCAUAGCAGUCCUAAAGCCAAUCCAAACGCUAGCCGGCUUUGCCCUGGAGGUUAUGGAUACUGAAUUUGGCUCAUAA